UUUGAACGCAGCAAUUAUUCAAUUUUUCGGUGGUUAUACUCAAUAAAAAACAGUCAAUCAAUACAAUAACUCUAUAAGGGCACUUCUUCAACUGGUGGUUUGAUUCUUUGUACAGUAAGAAGCAUAUUCAUUCGUCAUUAUUUGCAUAACCAUUCUCCAAAUUGAAAACUGCUGUAAUUCAUAUGGUUUAUUUAUCUUUCCAGUCAAACCUACAAAAGAAAAACAGCAUAUGGUUUAACAUCAUUUAUUACAAAUACCAUCUUUAGCUUGCUAUGCUUUUUAAACAAAAAAAGAACAUUGAUAUUUUAUUGUCUUCCUAAAUAUUUGUCCUCACAGACGCGAACAGUUUUUGAGUCACGUUUUUAUAAUUAAAUAAACAAAAAAAAACAUUCUGGUCUCCGAAAAAUGACUGUGACUGUUUUGCCCCCGUUUACUCUUACUCGGGAACAAUGGGACGACUUGAACCAGAAUCUGGACGACUUGAACCAGAAUCUGAACGAUUUCUUCCUAAUCGUCAUCUCAAUGCUCAUUUUCUUCAUGCAAGCCGGUUUCGCGUUUUUGGAAAUGGGAGCGGUGCGAUCCAAAAACACGACUAACAUUCUCAUGAAAAACAUUUUGGACUCGGCUAUAGGAAGUGUCAUUUACUGGAUAUGUGGCUAUGCUUUCGCUUUUGGAGCCAAAUCUAACGCGUUCAUCGGUUACAAAAACUUCUGCCUUCAUGAUUUGGAUCCAAAUAAAUAUUCUCAUUAUUUUUUCCACUUCGUGUUUGCAGCCACCGCCGCCACAAUUGUUUCCGGAGCGAUGGCCGAACGCACAAAAUUCGUUGCGUAUUUCUUGUACAGUUUCGCGAUCACUGGCUUCGUGUACCCAGUUGUCAGUCAUUGGGCUUGGGAUUCCAAAGGCUGGCUGGCGGCGGAGUGCUGGUGGGAAGAAAUAUCCUAUAAAGAUUUCGCGGGAAGCGGUGUCGUGCAUAUGGUCGGAGGUGCCGCAGGACUUGUGGGAACUCUUGCUCUCGGACCCCGAAUUGACCAGUAUCAACAAGGGAAACACCAACGAGUCAAAGGUCACACAGUUCCUAUGAUGUCAUUGGGAGGAUUCAUUCUGUUCUUUGGUUUUUUCGCGUUUAAUGGAGGAUCACAAGCCCAAAUAACAGCGGCUGGGGAUGGAAGUGUGGUGGCUGGAAUAUUGAAAAACACCAUUCUUUCUGGUUCCAGCGGCGGCCUGACCGUCGUGCUCAUUUAUUUCAUCGUCAACAGAAAAUUCACUCUUCUAGGUUGCAUUAAUGGAAUGUUAACGGGAAUGGUAGCCAUCUGCGCUGGAUGUGACGUCAUUCCAGGAUGGGGAUCCAUCGUGACCGGAAUCUGCGGAGGAGUUGUAUUUGUGACGUACAGUGAAGUUUUGUUCAAACUGGGUGUUGAUGAUCCUCUAGACGCAGUUGCUGUUCACUUCGGAGGUGGCUCACUUGGCCUAAUAGCGGUUUGCUUUUUGGCAAAAGAUGUUGGAAUUCUGUAUGCGUGGGACGAGAAUUCUUUUAAACUUCUACUUUGGAACUUCAUAGGUGGUCUGGCUAUAACCGCUUGGACAGUUGCUCUAACUGCACCCCUGUUUUUCACGCUCAAAUUCACAGGAUUACUGCGAGUUUCGGAAAAAACUGAAACAUUCGGUCUCGAUUUGAAGGAACACGGCGAGUUGGCCUACCCCGCCGAUGCCUACUUCACUCAACAACUACACAAAGCUCUUCGGUUCCACGGUAACUCUGCUGUCACAGGUGAGUUUGUCAUGACCGAACUUCCUAACGACGGCGAGGAGCCAAACGCGACACCAGGCCAAAGAGCUGACAUGUACCGCAAUAGCCAAGUCAACCAGGCAGUCGUCAAUGACGAGGAAAAGGGUCCUCAGGCACAGCCCACAGACGAGGAUGUAAGCAUUACUCGAUUCAGAUACAGAAACGACGAGCGGUACCUUUAAAGCCGCAGAACUGUACAUAUUUAGGGCAAAUAAGUUAAAUAACUUUGUUAUUGUUACUACAUUCGACAGACCUUUUUUGAUCUUUGAAGUCCUUGAAUCAAAAGCAGCUGCUAUGAACAAAGCUAUUUUUAUGGCAAUUGUUAUGGUGAGCAACAAUAAAAACAAAUAAAAACAGAUAUAGAACAAAUUCUCCUACUGGUGUAAAAAAUUUCUCAUAUCACCAGCUUUUGAACCUAGGUUUAAGUUAUCAUCUUUCUUGCUAAUUGUUCCGACUUUCGAAGAUAACAGAAUAUUUCUGCUCGGUGUGAUUUUUUGUUAUUCAGUCAAUUUCCACCGAUCGAAAUAACACAGAAAUUUUUUAUACCCCUUUGAAGAUAUCGACUUCCUGAGUUCAAUUGUGAAAAGAUAUUUCACCUUGGAUUAUUUUUUUUUAGUUCUGGGGAUUUAAAAAUUGCCAACUUUGCCAUAUUCUGGAUUAAAUUAUGCGCGCUUUGAAGAGUUUAUUCAUAAUGCUGAGAGCUUAACGCGAAUUACAAUGCUCAUUUAAAUUAUCACAAAACUUGAAUUUUCAAACGCGUUUUUCUCAAUUUGGGUUAUGAUUAGACACAAAGUGAAGAGAACAAAAGUUGCUUGUAAUUUCAUCAGAACUAAUAUGGUGCAAUCGCUGAAAUUCUCAACCAAAAUUUUAGACGAAAAAUGGGUAAUUUUGGCUUUUUUCAAGUAAUCAAGAAUUGCACUGAAACUAGUUUGUUAAUUGAUGAGAAAUAUAUAUCACAAGAAGCCUCUUACACAGCCCAACGAAGUUCUAGAAGGGUUAAAUUUCCAAAAUUCUGUAGAAGAGAAAAUAUUUUUGCUUGAUAGUCAAAAAAUGUGAUUUUUACUAUAUAAAACCCAAAAUAAUUGCUUAGAAACAAAAUUUUAACAAAUUACUCAAAAUUUUGAAGAUUUAUCCCUUCUAGAACUUUGUUGGACUAUGUAAGAGGCUUCGUGUGAUAUAUAUUUCUCAUCAAUUAACAAAUUAGUUUCAGCGUAAUUCUUGAUCAAUUGAAAAAACCAAAAUGACCUAUUUUUAGGGUAAAAUGUUGGUUAAGAAUUUCGGAGAAAAAAUUGCACCUUAUUAAUUCUUAUGAAAUUCUAAGCAACUUUUGUUUUCUUCACUUUUUGUUUAAUCUUAACCAAGUUGAGAAAUACGCGUUUGAAAAUUCAAGUUUUGUUCGUUUUGUCAUGAUAAUUUAAAUCAGCACUGUAUUAAUGCGAGGCGAAUUAUCCCGCACACCAAAAUCGUUCCAAAUUGAAUUGUGGCUAGCUAAUUGGUCGUAUUAAUUUUCAACGACUCAAAAUUUUACACUUUGAUAUUGUCCAAAAUGUACAGGUUUUCAAGAUUUUCUUUUCCCAAAAACUAUUCGAUAUGAAUUAAGGGACAGUCGCAACAUUCAGGGCUUUGCCUGAUAUACGAGCAGUCUUGUUCUUUACUAUGAGCAAGUAAUUUUUUGCAAAUUUUUAGCUAACUGUAGCCGGAAGA